CAACCCUGCGGGGAGGGGAGAAAUAUGUAUAUGUUUCAAAGCUGGGGAGGGUGGCUGUCCCAGUCAAGGCCAGGCUAGGAUAAAAGCACCGGCUCGCUCUCCAGCUGCAAGACGUCAGAAUAUGCCUGAGUCCAGAGGCAGGCUUGGCCUCCUCGCCAAUGUCAAGGCGUUGGGUUUCAGGUAGCCGCUGCCCAUCCGAUCCGGAGACGACUUGCUAUGAGUCCCCCAGUCGCAUUGCUUCGGAUUCUCUGCCUGCUCGGUGGUGUCCUGGCCCAAAGUCCUUCAAGAGUGUGUUUUCCAGGUCUUCAACCCACCCUUCCUGACCUAGAGGGGGAUCUGCUCUUCCUGUUGGACAGCUCCGGCAGCGUCUCCUACUACGAAUUCUCCAGGAUCAAAGAGUUCCUUGCUGAACUGCUCCUCCCGUUUACCUUCGGCCCCGACAAUGUCCGGACUGGCAUUGUCCACAUCAGCACCACGCCCAUCCUGGAGUUCCCCUUUGACCGGCAUUUCUCCACCCAGGCCGUCCAGCGUGCUAUCCGCAACAUCCAGCAGGUGAUGGGGGACACCAAUACCGGCAAAAGCAUUUCCUUUGCCAAGGAGAAGCUCUUCACCGCCGAAGCGGGGGCCCGUCCUGACGUCCCCAAAGUGCUGGUGUGGGUGACCGACGGCUUCUCCAAGGACGACGUGGCCCAGCCGAUGCAGCUUCUGAAAGACCUGGGAGUCGCCGUCUUCAUUGUCAGCACGGGCAGGGGAAACUACCUGGAGCUCUCGGCUGCUGCCAGCCCUCCGCCGGAGAAGCAUCUCCACUUUGUCGACGUGGAUGACUUGGGCCUCAUCACCAAGGAGCUGCAGGACUCCAUUGCAGCCGCCAUCCAAGCCAAGUGCCUGAGAGCCACAGAUAUCUCCUCAAGCAGCUUCCGCCUCACGUGGCCCCAGCUCCUGACACGGGACACCGGCUACUACAUUUUGGAGUAUGCCCCGAGUGGCCAACCCCGGCGGAAGGUGACCAGACAACUCACUGGUGACCACACCAGCACUGUGGUGACACAGCUAGACUCAGAAACCACCUAUGAGGUUGCUCUCAUCCCAGAAUCCAACGAGAAGUACAUCCCGCCACAAACCACCAGGGUCACCACGCUGGAAGAGGUGGUCAGCCCAGCCCAGAUUCUGAUCUCGGAGUCCAAACCCCACAGCAUCCGGGUCAGCUGGUCUCCCAUCCUAGAGAGCGUGGCUGCCUAUCAAGUCAUGUAUGGUCCCUUGAAUGACAAUUUGGUCCAGCUGCAAGAGGUGGACGGCAGGCUCAAUAGCACCGUCCUGGAAAACCUUCUGGCCAAUACCAGCUACUUGGUGACGGUAUCUGCCAUUUACAAAUCUGGCAAGGAGAAAGCCCUCUCCGCUAAAGCCUGCACGCGGGAAGAAUACUCCAAAAUAAAGCACCUCCACUUUAAAGAUCUGAGCCCCAGCUCUGUAAAGGCCUCCUGGGAUCCAGCAGAAGGAGACGUGUUGGGCUACCGCGUUCUGUGUCGGCGGCAAGCCGGCCCUUCGACCCUCCUCAGUGUUUCACCGCAGAUCCACAGCGUUUUGCUGUCAGAUCUGAUCCCCGGCAGCACCAACAAAGUGUGUGUGAAGCCUGUGUACAAAACCCAGCCUGGGAAAAAACUGUGUCGAGUGAUCCAUCGGCAGCCUGCUUCAGCCGCAGGUCGCUACAGGCACCGGCAGAGAGCGUGAGAGUUUGCGAACAACAUUUUCGUGGGUCAGAAGGCAAGGAUGGCCUGGGACAAAGGUAUCAAGACACCAGGAUGAGGAAGAUCACGGUCCCAAGCCUUUUCAACCUCCGGCUAACCACCCUGUUCUCUUUUGCAACUGACUUGCCUACAAAUGCCCCAAUUUGGCUCAGUUACAAACAAAACAGCUUCACGGGGAUAUUGGAUCUUGCUAGAAAAAGGAGUCCUUGCUCACCGGAAGUUUUGUUUCCUUUC